GUGUAUUGACGUCAGCAGCUGAUACGUGACGUCAAUUUUCUGCGCAGCGAGCAAGCAGCGUCGCGAUGGCGGCAGCUCAGCAGAAUGUGGAGAAGGAAGGCGAGGAUUGCUCCUUGUUGCCUUUAGUUCAUGACAUUAUCAAAUGCAUGGACAAGGACAGCCAGGACGUCCACCAGGAGCUGGCCAAGCUGAAGACGAAGAUCCAGGAGGCUCGGGAGCAGAUCUCCAACAUGCCCGGGAUCGACUGCAGCCCGGGGGAGCAGCAGCAGCAGCUGACCACGCUGCGGGAGCAGGUCCGCACCAAGAACCAGCUGCUGCAGAAAUACAAGAGCCUGUGCAUGUUUGACGUGCCCAAAGCGUCGUGACACUGGAGACCGAUCCCUGCGGUGCAGGAGGGACAUCCUCACCGCAGCAGAUAAGAGACUGGAUGGACGUUUAAAAUGAAGAGGGACUGAUUCUUCUUCUCUCUCUGUUGCAGUGAACAGUCUUUUUCCAGACAUUGUUCUCUCUGUUCUUUUUUUUUUUUUUCUAUACUAAAGAUGCACAUUAGUUCUUUGAGUUUGUAUAAAUGUAGUUUUUCAUUGUGUAAGUUUCUGAUCUACCAACUCUCUUAUUUUGUAAUAAAAUGAGUUCAUUAAGCACUAACUGGCUUAAA